AUGGCCGCCCAUGUGGUUUCUUUCCCUCCUCACGAGGACUCAGACAAGAGGUUUCAGCAGUAUCCCAGUAUGUGUUAUCGACAUGGAGGUAGUGGUCUUGUCUCACAUCUCUCAUUUGCUGAUGAUAUGAUCAUCUUUGCCAACGGUCAGAAACAGUCUAUCAGGAGGGUCUUAGAUUGCUUGGAGCAAUAUGAAGGAGUUUCUGGCCAAUUGGUGAAUAGAGACAAGUGUGGUAUUAUACUAUCCAGAUGGGCAUACACUAGUCAGAUCAGACGACUAGAGAUUGUGACUGGCUUCAGAUAUCAGCAGCAGCCUUUCACUUACUUGGGUGUCCCCUUAUUCAAGGGGACUAAGAGGAGCUUCCUUUAUGAUGACCUUAUCCAGAAGAUAAGGAAUAGGAUAUCAGGUUGGGCCUCACGAUUACUAUCGCCUGGGGGUCGUAUUACAUUACUGAGGUCAGUACUUUCUUCCAUACCUUUACAUCUUCUUCAGAUUAUGCAGCCACCCAAGGCAGUGCUGAAGAAACUUGAGAGCAUCUUUGCCAGAUUUCUAUGGGAUUCUAAGGACGUCUACAUUGGAGGAGUUGGAAGGCGAUUUGCCUUCCUACUGAUGAGGGAGGCCUCGGCUUUAGGAGAUUACAAGAUGUGGUGGACACCUUCUCCAUGA